AUGAUUUUCUACAUGCAGCGUUGGGCAGUGUGGGACACAACCGUGUUCAUAGAGGGCAUGGGUAGCUUGAGGUUCAUCCUGGUGUCCAAUGAGGCAGAGGUCCGGAAGGCUGGUGGCGGCCAGAACUUGAUGGUGGUCAACCAGGUGGCAGAGGAGGUGCAGAAGCAGGCCACCCCCCUUCUGAAGAGGGUUGUCCAUGGGUGGUUGAAAGAGCGCCCACAUCUAAAGCAAUAUACAACCAACGACAGCAUGCUCCUUUGCAGGCUGAAGGCCAUCAAAGCCAUACACAGCUCAACACCUUCAGUGAAGCUGGCAAGCUGCACAGCCAUGGCCAAAGCUUUGCACCGGAGUGCAGAGCUUGCUCCGGUGGCUUCUGCAAUCAAGGAGCUUAAACUGAAGCGGCCGCCAUUGAGUGCCACAAGUCCAGAAAUGACACCUGUACAACUGGCCAAGGCCACUGCAUUCGAGCGGCUGCAGCCCCCAGGGAAGCGGCCAACCCCCCGCCACCCCGUCACCUCCCCUAAUCUUCUGCCUUCAUCACAAGUAGCGACCCCCACUAGCCACCAGCCUGCACCCUCUCGAGCUGCAGGAGCUGCACGACAACAGGGCCCCCCAGCAUCCCCAAAGUCGCUCUUUUACCCGGUGGGGGAGGAGUUUCCCACUGCCCUCCCCAGGAAGCUGUGGGACAGUACAGACAUCAGCCAGUUUGGCAUAUUUCAGAAAUUUAAAGGCAAAAUGCCAUCCAUGAUGCCCAUCACCUCCGAAAUCGAUGACUUUGAGGCGUUCUGGACGCAGCCCUACAAUUUUGAGCGCCAGGGGACUGGAAUGGUACGUCAAUCCACCUAUCGGGGCCUCAAGAGCACGGUAUCCAAGUUCCUUGGCUUCGCCCACGGCUGGAUGAAGGUCAGCUUGACCUCCCUGUCGUUGAGGCUGUUCUCCAACCAGCACCUCAUAAUCAGCUAUAUGGACUUCAUGGUCCAUCGUGUCUGCCGUACAAAGGCAGACGUGGAGUUCCAGAACUCCAUCAAAACAGUUGAGUACCUGAGGCAGGUCGACACAAGGUCCCUGCCAGAUCCGGAGAUGAAGGUUGCACACCUCAUCAGGGUGCAUGAGUGGCUCAAGGUGGUGAGGCAACAAGUGCGGAGGAACUACCCAAGAGCUGCCAAGGCGGCACCACCACCUACACUGGUGGUAACAAGUGAUGAGGAGACAGGGGAUGCAGAGGAGGAGGACAAGGGUUCGGAGGUGGUGGUGAACCACCAGCGGCAGCAGUCCAAAAUGUGUGCCAUUGCUGGUGGUGGUGGUGGUGGUCCUGCUGCUGCUGCUGCUGCUGCUGUGAAGCAUCACCCAGCUGCCACCAAGACAGCAGCCACCAAGAAGAAGCCAGCAGCUGCAGCACCACCAACAACCGCUUCCCCGCCUGAUGAUGGUCUGCCUAGCAAAAGCGAGGUACUAUCUUUUGUGCGUGCGCUGUGGGAUAAGGCACAGGCGAUGCUGGAGAAAGACCUUGCUGCUGCUGGGCCUAAUUGUAUUGUAUUGUGGUUACAGUAUUUCCGCCGCCGACGCGGCGGGUGCCCUCACGAGCCCACCGCUGUCCUGCUCAUGCAUGCACUGCUGGCGGAGAUGAUAUCUGGUGUCUACAUUCCGCCUGUCCGCUUGUCCGUGUUGAGCACCUUGAUGGUGACAGGCAUGCAGACCUGCAAGCAGCAAGACUGCUUCCAGAUGGACUGCCGCGGCAACAACCUGGUCGAGGUGUUUCCUGUAGCAAGGGCAGGGGCAGGGGCGGAUGGCAGCCAUGGCGCUAGCAGCAGCAGCAGGAGCAGCAGCAGCAGGGGCCGUCGUCUUGUGAUGGAGACCAUCCAUCACAAGACGGAGCGCUUUAAGAAGGAUGAGGCCCUGAGAAUUGUGCUCCCUUCAACGCUCUCCCAGCACAUCCGGACUUACACAGAGUAUGCCCGGCCAGCACUCCUCAACAUGAAUCCCAGCAUUGACGUCUCUAAAAUUGGAAGUCACCUAUAG